AUGGUCUUCAAGCUUAUACAUCCCGCUCCGCUCACGGAGCAGAAGCGAUCCCGCGACGGCUGCAUCUACCUGUACCGAGCAAUGAAGUUCAUAGGCUGGGUGCCGCCCAAGGAGGGCGUUCUGCGCUACGUCUACCUCUUCUGGACACUGAUGACGUUUGUGUGGUCCACCACGUACCUGCCGCUGGGAUUCCUGGGCAGCUAUAUGACCCAAAUCAAGUCCUUUUCGCCAGGCGAGUUCCUAACCUCUCUGCAGGUGUGCAUCAAUGCCUACGGUUCUUCGGUCAAGGUGGCCAUCACCUACUCGAUGCUGUGGCGACUGAUCAAGGCCAAGGAUAUACUGGAUCAGCUAGACCUGCGCUGCACCACCAUGAAGGAGCGGGAGAAGAUACACCGCGUGGUGGCGCGCAGCAACCAUGCCUUCCUCAUCUUCACAUUCGUCUACUGCGGCUACGCUGGUUCCACCUACCUCAGCUCGGUGCUAAGCGGACGGCCACCCUGGCAGCUGUACAACCCGUUCAUCGACUGGCACGACGGCACCCUCAAUCUGUGGGCGGCUUCCACCCUGGAGUACAUUGUGAUGUCGGGCGCCGUCCUGCAGGACCAGCUCUCGGACACAUAUCCCCUGAUCUACACGCUCAUCCUGCGGGCCCACAUGGACAUGCUGCGAGAGCGCAUCCGCCGCCUCCGGACCGACGAGACCCUGAGCGAGGCCGAGAGCUACGAAGAGCUAGUCAAGUGCGUCAUGGACCACAAACUAAUUCUGAGAUACUGCUCGAUCAUCAAGCCGGUUAUAUCUGGAACUAUUUUCACCCAGUUCCUCCUGAUCGGACUGGUGCUGGGUCUGACGCUGAUUAACGUUUUCUUCUUCUCGGACAUCUGGACGGGCAUCGCCUCCUUCAUGUUCGUGAUAACCAUUCUGCUGCAGACCUUUCCCUUCUGCUACACUUGCAACCUCAUCAUGGAGGACUGUGAGUCCCUCACCCAUGCCAUUUUCCAGUCCAACUGGGUGGAUGCCAGCCGCCGCUACAAGACAACGCUCCUCUAUUUCCUUCAGAAUGUCCAGCAGCCCAUCGUCUUUAUUGCCGGCGGCAUAUUUCAGAUAUCCAUGAGCAGCAACAUAAGCGUGGCAAAGUUUGCUUUCUCCGUAAUAACCAUCACACGGCAAAUGAACAUUGCCGACAAAUUUAAGACGGAUUGA